CCAUGGGGAGGGGCUGGCCGGGGGAUAAAGUUCUGAAGCGGCUGCCGAGGGCCCCUCACUGUCUGCACCAUUGGAGAGAAUCCCACCGACCCAGGUGCUGGACCAUGUCCCAGCUGGUGGAAUGUGUCCCCAACUUCUCGGAGGGGAACAGCCAGGAGGUGAUUGAGGCCAUCUCGAGAGCCAUUGCAGAGACCCCUGGCUGCAUGCUGCUGGAUGUCGACUCAGGCCCCUCCACCAACCGCACCGUCUACACCUUCGUGGGGCAGCCCACGGAUGUGGUUGAGGGCGCCCUCAAUGCCGCCCGGGCCGCUGCCCGCCUCAUCGACAUGAGCAAGCACAAAGGGGAGCACCCUCGGAUGGGCGCUCUGGAUGUCUGCCCCUUCAUCCCGGUCAGGGACGUCAACAUGGAUGAGUGUGUGCUAUGUGCCCAGGCCUUCGGCCAGCGGCUGGCAGAGGAACUGGACGUGCCAGUGUACCUAUACGGGGAGGCAGCACGGACGGCCAGUCGCCGGAGCCUGCCAGCCAUCCGAGCUGGGGAGUACGAGGCCCUCUCUGAGAAGCUCAAGCAGGCUGAAUGGGCACCUGACUUUGGCCCCAGCACCUUUGUUCCCAGCUGGGGGGCCACUGCCACUGGAGCCCGGAAGUUCCUCAUCGCCUUCAACAUCAACCUGCUCAGCACCAAGGAACAGGCGCACCGAAUUGCCCUCAACCUGCGGGAGCAAGGCCGCGGGAAGGACCAGCGAGGACGUCUAAAAAAGGUUCAGGGCAUUGGCUGGUACCUGGAUGAGAAGAACCUGGCUCAGGUGUCCACGAACCUCCUGGACUUUGAGAUCACGGCGCUGCACACUGUCUAUGAGGAGACCUGCAGAGAAGCACAAGAGCUGAACCUUCCAGUGGUGGGCUCUCAGCUAGUGGGCCUAGUGCCUCUGAAGGCCAUCCUGGAUGCUGCGACCUUCUACUGCGAGAAGGAGAACCUCUUCAUCCUGGAGGAGGAGCACAGAAUCAGGCUGGUCGUGAACCGGCUUGGCCUGGACUCCCUGUCUCCCUUUAAUCCUAAGGAACGGAUUAUCGAGUACCUGGUACCAGAUGGCAGGCCCGAGCAGUGCCUGGUAAACAAGUCCCUGGGCACCUUCAUCCGCGAGGUGGGAGCCCGCUCGGCAGCCCCGGGAGGCGGCUCAGUGGCAGCGGCUACUGCGGCCAUGGGUGCGGCACUGGCCUCUAUGGUGGGUCUGAUGACCUACGGGAGGCGCCAGUUUGAGCACCUGGAUGCAGAGAUGCGGCGCCUGAUCCCACCCUUCCACGCAGCCUUGGCCCAGCUAACCACGCUGGUGGACACCGAUGCCCAGGCCUUCACGGGUUACCUGGAAGCAAUGAAGCUGCCCAAGAACACACCUGAGGAGAGGGACAGGCGUGCGGCCGCCAUGCAGGAUGGGCUGAAGCAGGCGGUGGCCGUGCCCCUGUCCCUGGCGGAGAUGGUGGCCUUGCUGUGGCCGGCACUGCAGGAGCUGGCUCUGUGUGGGAACUUGGCCUGCCGGUCGGACCUGCAGGUGGCGGCCAAAGCAUUAGAAACGGGUGUGUUUGGUGCCUACUUCAAUGUGCUCACUAACCUGAAGGACAUCACCGACAAGGGCUUCAAGGACCAGCCUCCUGCAGGAUGCCCAGACCCAGGCUGCGCUGGUGCUGGAUCGCCUGGAGGCCCGGCAGGAGUGAGGGCCGGAGUGGAGACCCCCAGUAGACUCGUUACUCAUCGUGAGGCGAGGGGAGCCAUGGGUGGAGUCUGCGGAGGGGCUGCACUGCCUGAUACCAGCUCUCAGACCAGCAUGGCCGCAUUGGGUAUGCCCUCCAGUCUCAAUAAAGUUGUGACACCCAGUGACCUGCUGUGUGACUGGCUGCUGGGGUAAGGGGCUGGGUUCUGGGGUGGGAGGGGUCAUGGAUGGGGUCUGUGGUUGAGUGAGCCGUGAGGUCAGGAGUCACAGGAGAGGUGACAUGUGGCCAGCCUGAAGGAUCCUACACACGCAGGCACACAGUGGACGUGUGGGGAUUCAGCCAGGUCAGGCUGCUGCCCACAGCACUGCCGUCUGGUGCCAGGACUGGGGCAGUGUGGCCCCUUGACCAGUGAGAAGCUGUAGGUGGCUUUGGGGCUGUCACCCACCGCAGCCCACAGACAGGGAAGAACAGACUCCCAGGACAAAAAGGAACUUCAGGUGUGGGCACCAAUUCUGGGCCAGGAGGCAGUGGCCAUGUGGGAGGAGGG